GUUAUAAAAAGCGGCCGCUCCGGCCCCGCCGACGUGAAGCCCUCCCCUUCGGCCGCUCGGCUCGGUUUCGGGUCGAUUUCGGGUCCGGUUCGGCUCGGCUUCGGCUCCCUCCAACAUGACUCGUCCGAAGAAGCGGCCCAACCAGUCCUUCCGAGCCGGGGCCGCCAAGAACAAGGGGAAGAGAAGGAUCAGCCUCCCCGACCGCAUCUUCCGGACCGUCGCCGCCGCCGCCUCCUCCCCCAGGGGCCUGUCCUUGUUCGCCGUCAAGAAAGCGCUCCGGAAAAACGGGUACGACGUGAGGAGGAACAGCCGUCGCAUCAACAGCGAACUGAAAAGACUCGUUUCCGAGGGAAUCCUCGUUCGGAUCACGGGCGUCGGCGCUGCCGGCUCUUUUCGGGCCCGCGGGCGUUACGGCUCCAAGACCUCGGGGAGAGCGAGGAGGAGGCCCAGAACAUCCCCCUCCAAGAAGCCGGCCAAGCAGAGGAGGAAAUUACAUCCAACCAAGAGUCCCAAGAAAGCCAAGACGCUCCCUAGGAAUCUGGCUAGAGCCAGGGGCCAAACAGCCAAGGGGAGUCGGGUCGCUUCCAGGAGGUAAUAGUGGAAAAGGUCCAUGCAGCUUCGGAGUCCUCCCCCAUUCCUCAAUAUCAGAGAGAGUCAAUAUCAGUCUGGAGGGGAUGAGCCGAGACCUUUAAUACUCCUCAUUUAGUGAUGGUGCCAGAAUACCAAACUCAUUAUUGCCAUUAUUCAUUUUGGAGGAACAAAAACACAAAAAAAAACUUUAAGAGGAUAUUGGAACCUGGGCGGGAGCAGACCGACUUUUAACACAAUAGUAGUCAUCCCAACACGCUUUUGGUCUGGUAACUCAAAUAGGACCUGCUGGAAAGAUAACUGAUAAUCCAUAAUGUGCUUAAUAAAACUUGCAGCACCA